GUAACCAGCGAAUCGUUUUUCUCGAUUCCUCUGCUCUCGCGACCUCCUCUGCUCGUACAGAAACGAAUGCCCACCUCCUCCUCUGUUGUAGCAACCCUAGCCGCCGCCGCGUCGUCGCCGGCCGGUCUGCCACCGCGUCGCCGCCCCUCGGAUCUAUGCCUUGUCCCACAAGUCUCCGUCCAUCACCGCUCGCAGCAGCCGCCCAAAGUCCCCAUGCUGUUGUCUCCCCAUCUGUCGCCACUCCCUUCGUUGGUCGGCGCUGACAGCCGCGUGAAGUAGAGCUCCUGACGGGCCUGGCCGCAAGAUCCACUCCAGAGAAGCCAUUCCCCCAGCUCAAGCAGUCAUAUUUGGCAAGUAUUGUGAAAGUUGGGUGAUGAAGGCCAAGCCUCGGAAAUCUAUUUUGAGUGGAUUUGGAUGGCUUCAAGAGACUAUUGCCACACAGGGAGAGACCUACACAAUGUUGAGAAUGACGGCAAGUGUGUUCUUUGGUCUUCAUGACUUGUUGGUACGUAACUAUGGUCUAAAAGAAACAAGCUUUGUUAGCACUUAUGAGUCUCUUGCUAUGUUCUUGUGGACAUUGGGAGGUUGUGAAUCAAAUAGAAGAACUCAAAAUCGCUUCAAACAUUCAGCGGGUACAAUCCAUCGUAAAUUCCAUGAGGUUCUACAAUGUGUAGUGAACGUGGCAUCUCACUACCUUAAGCCACAAGACCCAAACUUCCACAUUGUGUAUGAUCUAAUUAAAAAGGAUAGGAGGGCUUAUCCCCAUCUCAAAGAUUGCAUUGGUGCAAUCGAUGGGACUCAUAUAAGAGCUUCUAUUCCUGAUGGGCCACCAAAAGUUAGGUACAUUGGGAGGACGGGCAUGACAACUCAGAAUGUGAUGGCGAUAUGUGACUUCGAUAUGCACUUUACUUAUGCUUCAAUUGGGAAACCUGGUUCUAUGCAUGAUACAAAUGUGUUAUACCAUGCAAUUGAGAAGGACAGACCCUCCUUCACCCAUCCACCAAAGGGCAAGUAUUACCUUGUAGAUGCCGGGUAUCCUAAUAGAGAUGGAUAUCUAGUACCAUACAAAGGAGAACAGUAUCAUGUCCCUGACUUUCAAAGAGGUGCACCUUCAAAUACUCCUACGGAGAAGUUCAACAAGAUUCACUCCUCCAACCACAAUUGCAUAGAGAGAACCUUUGGAGUGUGGAAAAUGAAAUGGCAAAUUCUCCUCAAGAUGCCAAACUACUCGUUCCAAACACAGAUGAAGAUUGUUGCAGCUACUAUGACAUUGCACAACUAUGUUCGCUUCCAUGACAAAGAUGAUCUCCACUUUAUUUGAUGUGAAAGAGAUCCAGAUUAUGUUCCAACAAUUACGGAUAGAUAUACGAAGUAUGUUAUUCCUUCCAGUGCAUCGGAUGCUUCCACUUCGGAGGCAAGUGCUCCUAACAUGGAUAGGUUUAGGAAUGAACUAGCUACCGCCAUUGCUCUUGGUUGGUGAAAUCAUGCUCGUGGUGCAAUUUGUAGCUCUUAUGAUUUGCAAACGUAUGCAAAUU